CGCGGCGCGAGGCGGAAGUGGCGCGGCCGCUGCUCCCGGCGCCGAGAGGGGCCGCCGCGAGCCCCGCGCCGCGCCUCCCCGCCGCCACCUCCAUGUGCCCCGGCGCCGCCGCCGCCGCCGCCGCCGCUCGCCGUCCGCAGGCCUCCGCGGGCCCCGGGGCCUAUGGAGGUGAUGGACGGACCCCUCAACCUGGCUCAUCAGCAGAGCAGACAAGCAGAUCGUUUAUUAGCUGCAGGGAAAUACGAAGAGGCUAUUUCUUGUCAUAAAAAGGCUGCUGCAUAUCUUUCUGAAGCCAUGAAGCUGACACAGUCUGAACAGGCUCAUUUGUCACUGGAACUGCAAAGAGACAGUCACAUGAAGCAGCUGCUCCUCAUCCAGGAGCGGUGGAAGAGGGCAAAGCGGGAGGAGAGGUUGAAAGCUCAGCAGAGCACAGACAAGGAAGCAGGUGCCCACCUUCAGGUAGCUCCCAAGCCUGCCGCGGAGGAUGCGGAUGGCCGGAGUUCCCUUCUGUUCCAGAACAGCCCUUCUGCUGAGAAACGCCCUCCCGAAAUCCAGGGGGUCUUUGACAGGGAUCCAGACACUCUGCUGUUCUUACUGCAGCAGAAGAAUGAGCCGAAGGAGCCCUGCAUCGGGAGCAAAGCCCCGAAAGAUGAUAAAACGAUAAUAGAAGAGCAGGCAACCAAAAUUGCAGAUUUGAAGAGGCACGUGGAAUUCCUUGUGGCCGAGAAUGAAAGGUUAAAGAAAGAAAACAAACAGCUAAGGGCUGAAAAGGCCAGACUUCUAAAAAGUCCUCUGGAAAAGGAAUUAGAGGUCGAUGCUGAUUUUGUAGAAAAGUCAGAGCUCUGGAGCUUGCCACCACAUUCAGAAGCUGCUGCAGCCUCCUCAACCUGGCAGAAGUUCGCAGCAAACACGGGGAAAGCCAAGGACAUUCCAAUACCCAAUCUUCCUCCCUUGGAUUUUCCAUCUCCAGAACUUCCCAUCAUGGAGCUAUCUGAGGAUAUUCUUAAGGGAUUCAUGAAUAAUUACGACGAAAGGCCAUAGGAGAUGUGAGAAGAUGGAAACACGGAAGCACAGGUUCUCCAGAGGAGGGGGACAGGAAAACCACGGGCAGGAGGAAUCCCAGAGAUGCUUCAUCACCUGGAGUGCGUGGAAAAGGCUUUGCCAGGACUUGGAAAACAGUCACUGUGAAAUACGUUGCAUAUCUGAUUUACUGACUAGAGCUAAUGAUUCCAGACUUGGCAGACACUAAACUCUUGGAGGUUCACUUUCUCCUGAUACGAACCAGUGGCUGCCUGAAAUAAUUUUUCAAGCAACAAUGAUUUUUUCUUAUAUUCAGGGUUAAAAUGUAUAAAAGUAUGUUAUGUGUAAUUAAUCUGUAAUGCCAUAAAUGAUAAUGCAAAACCUAAAAAAAAGCAUGGUGGCUCUUGCAACUGCCUUGUAUUCGAAACAUGCUUUCUAUCAUGCAUCGUUGACUGUAAGCAUUUUGUUAUGCACAUUUUGUUUGUUUAAUGAGGUGUGUAAGAUGCCUUUCUAGAUGAAACUGUGUGCCACACUUUGCACUACUCAUAACAUAAUGAUAACCUCAAGACUAUCAGGAGAAAUAUUUAAAUUUCCAUUUUAUGAAGAAAGGAACCAAAUUAUUAGUUAUGCUUUUAAAAAAUUACCAGUUUACAUAAUUAAUCAGGGUGCAUUUUAAGUUCUAACUUUCUUGUUUAUUGUAUACCGCAUCAUUUGAAAAUACCAAGGAAAGAAUCCUUUUGUUUUUAAUGAUGCAUGAGUGGAAGUAAUGCUAGUUGGCAGUAUUUGAUUGUAAGAAAUCAAUAAAAUAAUUGUGUUUUAUA